AUGCCUAAAAGAAAACGUGAUGGCUUUCAGUCGCAGGAAAGACAUAACGCUCGACGCAAAUCCCUGCCAGAACGGCAGCGAUACGUACGAGACAUCCUCGACAAUGGAAAGACCUCGUUAUUUCGAGCCCUCAAAGUUGCACGGGGCUUUGAGCGGCAGAAGCUGGGCCGGCGACAGAAAACUGCCAGCCAGGAGAAGAAGGACGCAGAGGUGACGCGUAUAGUAGAAGAAGUUUCUGUGCUGAAGAGUCUAGAUCUAGAAAAAGUUGCUGAAAUGCAUUUAUAUAAGACGUGUCUCAAGACUAAAUCCAUCGGAAGCUCAGAAAGUCUACCUUCAUACGUGGGGGAAAUGGUCAAGACAGCUAAGCAGGCUCAGUCUACGGCGAUGGCAAAUGUCCAAGCACGCCUGUUCAACUCGAUGCCUGUAAAGACGGCAAUGCUAGACGUCAUGCAGAGUGUGAGGCAUGCUUUGGGUGCAAUUGAGACAGAUGAAGGCCCUAGGGUAGCAGAAAAGGAUCAUGACUCGGUCAACGGAGGAACUAGGGAACGUGGCACAAAUGAAGGACGGAGAACAGAAAUGGACCUUGAAGGUGCGGAUGAUAUGAUCAUAGAGAAUAAUGUCAUCUCAAAAAUCCGCUCGCAGUCCGAUGGUAGCGAAAGCUUGGACGACACGCUGCGAGCGUACGAUCAACGUCUUGCCGAUUCGGAUGACGAAAUAAUACGCUCAACAGAUGAGGAAAAAAGUGUGAGUGCAGAGUGGCUCGGCUUCGAAGAUGAUGUCUCGUUAGACAGCAAGUUGAGAAGUGACACUGUGGGACUUGGACAAGGUUCUAUUAGCUUGAAACGGAAGAAAAGCGCAGCUGUACCUCCAGCAAAGCCCUCCACUACAAUAUUCCUACCGACGCUCUCGAUGGGUGGCUACUGGUCGGGCAGUGAAUCUGCGUCUGAUCUCGAUGGGACUGCCAAUAUUCCCAAAGUGCGUAAAAACAAGCGCGGUCAGCGGGAGCGACGCGCGAUCAACGAGAAGAAGUAUGGGCAGGGUGCAAAUCAUUUGAAGAAGGCGGCGGCGCAGAGUCGCGACACUGGCUGGGACGCUCGUAAAGGUGCGACAGCAAGUGAUGAUCGAAAGAUAAGCAAAGAUCGUUUCGGACGUGACCUCAGGAAAGGUGCGAAGACCAACGGGUUUCGGAAGGCUCGCACCAAUCCUCAACGCAGCGGAGCAAACGAAGAGCCCCUGAAGGCUCGAGCAAAGACGAACAGUGAUAAAAGCAUACAUCCUUCAUGGGAAGCGGCAAAGAAGGCGAAAGAAGAGAAGAAGACGUUGCCUUUUCAGGGCAAGAAGAUAACCUUCGAUUGA